GUUAUAGUGUAAAUUGUAUUGGGUGUGCACGGGCCAGGUAUGAUCACGUUCUGUAUGGAGUUAUAACACACAACAGAUCAGAUUUUUCGUUAAAUGUGCUUGAAGAUGGAGCACAAGCUCCUGUGUUUGUUUUUUUUAAUAGGAUCAUUAUCCCUUUCAUCUUGUCAAAACGCCGCUCCACAAUUUCGGACGUUAGCUAGAGAUGGUAUAGAUGGAAACCUGUAUGAUCGCCUCACUGUCAAGGGAAUCGAAGAAAACCUUCCUAUUGGUAGUGUUCUUGGUAAACUCAGCUGUACCGAUGCAGACGGAGAUGCAAUAACAUACCAGGGUGAAGGACAAACGUUACUUGUCAACGCGACUGGUACCGUUUUUAUGAAUCGGCUGUUAGAUCGAGAGAACUCGCCAGCUAAUUCCGUAUCCAAUACUGGAGCCCGAAUUUUAGUUCAUAAAUUCUCCUGUAUGGACAACCAAUUAACGGCGACAGCAGACAUAGAGAUAACAAUAACAGAUAAAAAUGACAAUGCUCCAACCUUUCUUAGCUCUACAGCUUAUUCUGGUAGAAUACGGGAAGAUGCUGUACCAGGAAUAACAACACUUCUACCAGGGUUGGUCAUACAGGUAGUGGAUACAGAUCGUGGUUUAAAUGCUGUCGUUGAUAUUUCCUGUUUUGCAGAUGAUGUACAGGCUGAAGAAGCUUGUGAUUACUUUGGUGUGACCUCGAUACAAACGGGGGAAGGUAGAUACAACUCUACAAUCUAUCUAAAAAAACAAGUUGAUUAUGAAACUCAAAGAGGUUAUACGAUGACUCUCUUAGCUAAGGAUCGAGGUGUAGCAGGAGAAAAACGUUUUAAUUCAACAGCCAAUGUUUUAAUAGAAGUCCAAGAUACCCAGGAUUCGCCGCCAGAAUUUCUCAAUGUUCCUCUGACAAUUUACGUACAGGAAAACAUUGCUAUUGGAACCUCUUUAACUCCGUCAAUAUCAGCACAGGAUCAAGAUCAAGGUGCUCCAAGAGCUGUAGAUAUCUCUAUCGUUAAUGAUACUAAGGGCCUGUUUCGGAUGGGACCAUCAACACCUAUUGAUGUGACAAAUAAAGCUUAUCAAGCAUCAGUUUUAACCAGACAACCUAUAGACAGAGAAGAACUACAAGGAAGAUAUAUUUUCCAAGUCCGGGCAGAAGAGUUAUAUCCCAAUGGAACUAAAAGCGGAAUUUUCGAGGAUUCUGAUGUCACUGUCAACAUACUGGAUGAGAAUGAUAACCAGCCUACCUUCCAGAACACAAAUUAUAAUGUCAAUUUAACCGAAAUGGAUUCAAAUGGAACUCAGACGAACAGUCAAGUACCUAAUUUGAAUAUUCAAGUCACUGAUAAGGAUGAUUCCAGUAAUGCUAAUUACUAUGUAACGAUUGGUAGGCAGACCUAUCCUGGUGCCUUCCGUGUCUCACCUAGCGACAAUUCUACAGGAACAACGGCCGUUAACAUGCUGAUUUUGAAUUCCGACUUUCUGGAUUUUGAUAAUCCAAAUUACAGACGACAAAUUGUGGUGAUUGAAGCGAGGGAACUGACUUCUUCUCAGUCAACCCCAAAAACAUCAAGUGCAACAGUUACCAUUAAUUUACUGGAUUUGAACGACAAUUCACCUAUUUUUGCACAGGCGCAAUAUGAACGAACAUUACGAGAGGAUUCAGCUAUUAAUACACCUAUAAUCACUAUAACGGCUACAGAUAAAGAUGAGGGUGAAAAUGGAAGAAUUACGUACAGCUUACGAGGAACGGAUCUAGAAGUGUUUAACCUGAACAGUGCUACAGGUGAAAUCCGGCUCAGACAGACUUUGGAUUAUGAAACACAAACCGAAUAUCCAGUUAUUCUGGUAGCUCGUGAUAAUGGGCUACCACCAAGAGAAUCAACCAAAACUUUUACACUAAAAGUUUCUGACUUCAAUGAUCUGGGACCACAGUUCAUACAAGAUUCGUAUCAAACAUAUGUAUUUGAAACCAGUCUACAGUUGCAACCAGCAGUAACAGUUCAGGCAACUGAUCCUGAAGAUCCAACUGGUGUGGUAACGUAUCGAAUUAUUGCUGGCAACAUAAACAAUGCAUUUAGUAUUGAUCCCAAUUCAGGGGUGUUAACUCUAACUAAAAAUAUUGAUUACGAUGACACACCUGGUCAAUCGGGCAAAAUUGAGUUGAUUGUCGAAGCUAGUGAUCGAGGUUUGAAUGGUGAAGCUGGAUUACAGACUAAUACUACUGUAACCGUCAAUGUACAGGUAAGUUAA